AUGUAAAAAGAAUAUUAAUUAAUAAUUAAAGGUGACACUUUUAAUACUAGAAGUAAAAAAAUAUAUCCUUAUAUAGAAAUUUAUAGUGUAUCUAGUAAAGAAAAAAAUUACAUUAUUUAUGAUUCUAAUCCUUUUUUUAGUCCUUUGGCUUUAACAGAUGCUAUAAAUAGAUCCGAUUUGGAUGUUUAGUACGAAAUAUUUGCUUUUAAUCAAUUAGAUUUUAAUGCCGAAUAUUAAGUCUUUAUCGAUAUUAUGAAUUCUGUUUCACAUGAUUAGGGAACUAGAUAUGAAAUAGAUUUUACUAAUGGAGAAAGCUCUGCUUUUUAAAUGAAAUCGGAAAUUCCUUUAUUACCUAAUUAAGAUUAUUUCAUGAAAAAUACCUAUUACACAGCUGUUACAUCUUAACCUUAGUUUGGAACUGAUAAAAAUAUUUAUAAUCCUAUAUCAGAUUCUUAAAAUGGAUUUUUAGGCAUAAACCCUGAAGAUACAAAAGAUACUAAAUAAAAACUGGUAUUCUUAAUGAAUAUAUAAAAUAUAGAAAAUAAAAUUACUAGUACUAAAAUUGUUAUAGAUAAUACUCAAAUUCCUCCUGUAAUAUAUGAAACUAUUCCGAAUAAUGCAGGUUUUUACUUAAUAGCGAAUAAGAAUGUUAUUGAAUUCGAAAAUAGUUCAAAUAUGGAAAUAUGCUAAUAAGCAAUAUCAAGUCUGAAAGUAGGAGAAGGUUUAAUAUCGAAUGCUGUAAUUUAAUAAAAUGAAUAUUUAAACUAAAAUUUAGGAUAAUUUACUCGACUGAAAAUAUCGACUUCAAAAAGAAGUGAUUUGGAUAAUAUGUUCACUAAUGAUAAAAUCUUUGGAGUGAAAAAUGUUUUUGUGAGAAGACAUUCAUCCCUUUAUGCAGAUGAUAAUAUAUUAGACUUUUAUUUUUAUUUUUAUGAUUAAAUAGAUAGCCACGAACCUAAGUUAAUGUCAGCUUUUUUAUUUAAUGGGUAUACAAUAAACUCCCCUAAACCGUUUAAUUUGAGGUAUAGUACGGUUAAUUGGUAUGGAGGCUCUGGUAUUACUAAUUAAGGGUAGAAUAUUCCCACUUUUAUUAGAUUAGGAGGUUAUUUGACAAAAGUGGAAAAAAGAUAGGGAAACUAACGUAUUGUUAUUUUCUUUACAGGUUUAGAUUUUUUCUAUGAUAAUAAUUCUGAUACUUCUUUUGAAAUUUCGUGUUCUUCUUCAGUUGGAUAAGUAGAUACUAAGUGUAGAGGUUUUUCAAAUUAUUAGUAAGCUAACGAUAAGUAUCCUUAAUAAAACUAUUUGAAUAUGAGAAGAAUAGAAGUGGAAUUUCCUGAAGAAGUCCCGGAAGGUUCAGUGAAUUCUUUUGAAUUUCCUAGAAAAUUUUAAAUUCUACAUUAUGGAAACGACGCUCCUACUAGUCCUGUAAAUAACAAUAUGUUUUCUGUUAGAAUAGAAUCAAGCAUAACUUUUAAUAUAAUCGAUUAGACGGACUCUUCUUUAGGUUUCCCUGGUGUAGUUUCUUACGAGAAUCUAGCCACGUUGCCCUAAAUAAUUAUCUUAUAAGCCAUGAUUUCUCGAAUUCGAUAGUAUCAUAAGAUGCAAAAAAUAAUAUUCUGUAUAAAUUUUGGUCAAAAAUGA